AUGCAAGAAUGGCAGCAGAAAAGCAUUACUCAUAACACCCUACAAGCACUAGGAAUAUCUGAUGAGUCUGUUUCAAAGAAAGGCCGAAGUGGAAAAAUAUUUGAGUUUUUCAGCAAUCAAGAGAUGAAAAGUUUCACUGAGGAUAAAGAAAGCUUUAAUGAAGAAGAAAAUAUGGGAGGAGAGAAUGGGGAAGAAAAUUAUUUCACUGAAACUAACAGCCAGGAUCCUCGCAAGGAAAGAGAAGCCGAAGAAGAAAGUGGAGAAGAGAAAUCUGUUGCAGAAUAA